UGACUGGGUCUGUCAUAGCAGCUUACCUUUCAUACAAAUCUGCAUUGGCGGCUCCCUUCGCACCCCUCAGCAGCUCCCUUCAUAAACACUGGAAUGUGUGUGCCACCACAGGGGAAGAACCUCAUUGUUUUCAGUCCUCCCUUGUCUCUGUUCUUUACUUCUGUCCAUCAGCAUUGUGUCUCUGUGUGCGGACUCCAGUCCCUUCAUGAGGGUCUGUCUGGAAGAGUAUUUCUGAUGUGUUGGGCAUAGGCGCUGCUGUGCUGGGCAAAAGCUGUCAGUCUCCUUUUUCAGCUAGGGACUGGAUUGUGAAACAAGAGUCCCCUUAUUCAAGUCCUGGUGGGCUCCCUUACCUACUCCCUCUACUGGAAACAGCCUUGCCCACCUCUGGUGACUUGACGCUGCAUCACUGACUUGAUCACAUUACCUUGUGGGCCCAGGAGAUCCUGGGGUUCCUGGGUGGAAGAGUGCCUGGCUGUGCCUCUGAGGCCCUAGUACUGCAGAGUUAAGCUGAGGGUCUGACCCUUGUCCUCUCACUGACCCAGAUCCAGCAGGUGGAAGAAGAAAGGUGCCACUUAGGCAUGAAGACAGACUCGCUUAGUCGUCAGUCAUUUAAGCUGAGUGCAUUGUGAUUUCCAAUAAUUGAGGCAGUGGUUCUAAAAGCUGUCUACAUUAAUGAAAAGAGCAAUGUGGCCAGCUUGACUAAGCCGCCAGCGUGUGCCGCACAGGCAGGACAGCAUCUGGGUCUCAAUGGACUUGUGCAUGUUAGCUGUGUAGAUUUAUGUAAGGUAUUUUAAAACUCUGGUCUUUUAAAAUAGUCUUAACUACUUUUGCUAUGGAGACAUAUGAGAGUCCCUCUCCUCUCCCGCGUGAGCCCGCAGGAGAAGUGGUGAUGGAGAACAGAGCUUGCCCCCUCCAAGUGCUGCCCUGUGAACAGUCUCCACCACCUCCCCUGCAAACGUCCAGUGAUGCAGAGGUAAUGGACGUUGGCUCUGGUGGUGAUGGACAGGCCGAACCCCCUGCUGAGGACUCGCUCAACUUCUAUGGAACUUCUCUACUCUCCAAAGGAUCCUUCUCUAAGGCCCGCCUCCUCAUAGACCCGAACUGUAGUGGCCACAACCCUCGCACCGCCCGGCACGCACCUGCGGUCCGGAAGUUCUCCCCUGACCUUAAGUUGCUUAAGGAUGUAAAGAUUAGUGUGAGCUUUACCGAGAGCUGCAGGAGUAAGGACAGGAAGGUCCUGUACACAGGAGUGGAGCGCGACGCUCGCACAGAGUGCGGUCUGGCCCUUAGUCCUGUCAGUGGAGACAUGCAUGCUUGUCCCUAUGGCGGGAGUGUUGGUAAUGGGGUAGGCAUAGGGGGUGAGGGCGCUGAUAAGAAGGAUGAGGAGAAUGAGCUGGAUCAGGAAAAGAGAGUGGAGUAUGCAGUGCUCGAUGAGUUAGAAGAUUUUACUGACAAUUUGGAGCUAGAUGAAGAAGGAACAGGCGGGUUCACGGCUAAAGCAAUCGUGCAAAGAGACAGAGUGGACGAAGAGGCCUUGAAUUUCUCCUACGAGGAUGAUUUUGACAACGAUGUUGAUGCUCUGCUGGAAGAGGGCCUUUGUGCUCCCAAGAAGAGGCGAAUAGAGGAGAAAUACGGUGGAGACAGUGACCAUCCAUCUGAUGGAGAGACAAGUGUGCAGCCAAUGAUGACCAAGAUUAAAACAGUGCUCAAAAGUCGUGGUCGCCCACCUACAGAACCACUGCCUGAUGGGUGGAUUAUGACAUUCCAUAACUCUGGAGUCCCCGUGUAUCUGCACAGAGAAUCUCGGGUGGUUACCUGGUCCAGGCCGUACUUCUUGGGAACGGGAAGCAUACGGAAACAUGAUCCUCCUUUGAGUAGCAUCCCCUGCCUGCAUUACAAGAAGAUGAAGGAUAAUGAGGAAAGGGAUCAAAACAGUGAGCUCACCCUCAGUGGGGAGGUGUCCCCUAUCAAGCCGCUCAGCCGGUCUACAGAGCUGGAGUUCCCACUGGAAGAGCCUGACUCCAUGGGGGCUGACUCAGGACCUCCAGAUGAGAAGGAUCCACUGGGGGCUGAGACUGCCCCUGGGGCGCUGGGGCAAGUCAAGGCCAAAGUCGAGGUGUGCAAAGAUGAAUCAGUGGAUCUUGAGGAGUUUCGGAGCUACCUGGAGAAGCGUUUUGACUUUGAGCAAGUUACUGUGAAAAAAUUCAGGACUUGGGCUGAGCGGCGACAGUUCAACCGAGAAAUGAAACGGAAACAGGCUGAGUCUGAGAGGCCUGUCCUGCCAGCCAAUCAAAAGCUCAUCACACUGUCUGUGCAGGAUGCACCCACAAAGAAAGAGUUUGUCAUUAACCCCAACGGGAAAUCUGAGGUCUGCAUCCUGCACGAGUACAUGCAGCGUGUCCUCAAGGUCCGCCCUGUUUAUAAUUUCUUUGAAUGUGAGAACCCAAGUGAGCCUUUCGGUGCCUCGGUGACCAUUGAUGGUGUGACCUAUGGAUCUGGAACUGCAAGCAGCAAAAAACUUGCGAAGAACAAAGCUGCCCGAGCCACCUUAGAAAUCCUCAUUCCUGACUUUGUUAAACAGACCUCUGAGGAAAAGCCCAAAGACAGUGAAGAGCUGGAGUAUUUUAACCACAUCAGUAUUGAGGACUCACGGGUCUACGAGCUGACCAGCAAGGCCGGACUGUUGUCUCCCUAUCAGAUCCUCCAUGAGUGCCUUAAAAGAAACCAUGGGAUGGGUGAUACAUCCAUCAAGUUUGAAGUAGUUCCUGGGAAAAACCAGAAGAGUGAAUACAUCAUGGCGUGUGGCAAGCACACAGUGCGAGGCUGGUGCAAGAAUAAGAGAGUUGGGAAGCAGUUGGCCUCUCAGAAAAUCCUUCAGCUGCUGCACCCACAUGUCAAGAACUGGGGGUCUUUGUUGCGCAUGUACGGACGGGAAAGCAGCAAGAUGGUCAAACAGGAGACUUCAGACAAGAGUGUGAUUGAGCUGCAGCAAUAUGCCAAGAAGAACAAACCCAACCUGCACAUCUUGAGCAAGCUGCAAGAGGAGAUGAAGAGGCUGGCCGAGGAGAGGGAGGAGACCCGGAAGAAGCCCAAGAUGUCUAUUGUGGCGUCUGCCCAGCCUGGUGGCGAGCCCCUAUGCACUGUGGACGUAUGAGGGUGGUGGUGGGGCCAGGUGCUGCUACAUACACUCAUUGCAGCCUCAGGCCUCCUGUCUGAGUUCCCCCUUAUAUCCCUGUGUGAGGGCAGUGUCAGAGGGCUGGGGCCCUGGUGCAUAGUAGCCGCCAGAGACCUGCAGUCCUUCCUGGGGACCACCCACAGGUGUGAGUGAUUUGCUCAAGAACUGACUCGGCCUGAUCAUGCAGCUUGGAGUCAGCUGUGAACCUCCACUUCUCCGGACUUGCUGCAGACUGGUUUUAUGAAGGUUUUCAUGAAUUUUAGUAUAUAAUGAACUGACAAGAAGUGAUGGUUGGAUGACAGAUGCAGUGACAAAGUGAGGCUUGAGUCUUGUGGCCUGUUGUCCAGGGACCUGGUCAGAAGGCUCAUGUUGGCAAUCUGGCCCCCGCUCUGCCUCCUGUAUUUUCCCCUUUUCUCUGAAAACAUUACAAGAGUUAGGAAUAUUUCAGACCUUACUGGUUUAAAAUAAACAUUUUAGCAUCAGAACUAUUUUUCAGAGAUUCUAGGCAGGCAAAGAUUGUUCUUUUAGCCUUGAGACAUGUUGCUGCUGUAUGGAGUCUGCAGCUUCCUUGGCUUGUUGCCCUGGGCUGGGCUGCUGCCCGUUUAUUGAGUGAGUCUUAAUGCCCUCAAAUGCGCCUUCUUAGACACUGAGGCCAUCACCUUCACUGGCCUCUGGCAACUUUUUACUAAAGAUUUUUGCACAGUCAAGUCCAUCUGUCCACCCAUCAAUUUUUAAAGCUUUUAUGAUAUUUUAGCAUUUGGAAAGAAACUUUUACAGUGAGAGUAGAGGAUAGAUUUGGUAUCAUGUAGCAGAUAAAAAUAAAUGCAUUUUAGCACGUGAA